UGGUAAUCUUAGUGAAGAUGAUUUGCGACUUAGCAGUCGAUAGGCAAUUAAACACGAGAUAAGCUCAAAUUAGUGAAGUGGUUGGCCGCCAAGGAUAUAAUGGUAAAAGUGGUAGUUCAACGGUAGAAUAUCAAGCUUUCGGGCUGACGUUAGAGAUGAUUGUCAGCUGCGAUGCUGCUUCGAUUUGCUGUCUAGAGAACACCACAACGCCGAUUACGCAGCAUGCAGGUGGUGCGACGUUGUCAGAAGGCGGCCCUCGAUACACAACGCGGAAUAAUUGGAAAUUCUCUGAUACACUGGUGCUCGUCGGUUUUGACAAGUUUCGUGAAUAUUACAAGAUGAGUCAAGGGGGCUUUAUGAAGAACUUGCCUCGGGAGGCGCUUCCGAAUGCACAGGAAAUCAACGCUGAGGACAGUGUGCCUUGGUACCUUCGCUACGGGGCCCGUGUGCUCGCGACUCUCGGUGGUCUACUGUCGAUAUUGUUAGGUGCUCUUGCCGUGCCUUUAGGGGCAGUAACUUUGUCGGGUUCGAGCCUGGCCAGUGGAAUAGUGGCGGCAGUGAUCGGCGUAUUCGUCACGCUGGUCGAGGCUCCUUUUCUCUGCAGCUUUCUGUCGUUUGCCCAGCGACCUGGACAACUUCUCGAGAAGAACAAGUCACCGUUCUUCAAGGCGAUUCUCUAUAUUGUAUUAGGACUCAUUCCCCUCUUGAUUGCGGUACAAUUUGCCUUGGUAUUAAGUUCAGGCCUGAUUCUGCUGGCUGGAGUGAUUCACGCCGUUAUCGGAUUCGGGCGAAAAGCCUCACGUGAAGAGAUGACGGCAGCAGCUACAGGACAGUCACCCAAUACCAUGGAACAAGGCAUCCGAGCACCUGUUUACUAAGUGUUUAGAAGGACACCAAAACAUCUUUGUAGCGUUAAACGCAUUCGACGGGACGUUUUGAGACAGUACGGCCUUGAUGGACCGGAGAAAUCGGCACGAAUGCAGAGAUAUCAAACACUAGUACACCAUUUAUCGGAACGUAUGAAAGUGGCCAUUCGGUAAUCUCUAUAUAAUUUGCCCACAUUUCUGGAACGCCGUCGAUUUAUCAUUAUUUUGUAAUGUAGCACAAUUCAUACAAUUGUAGGGUUCUACGCAUGUGCCGACUUGAGCCCGUCGUAACAGACUAAUCAAACGGAAUUCAAUAGGAAUACGGUGCCGUAACAAAAGAAAAUUGUAUCGUGGGAAAAGCCUCCGCACACAUAUUUGAAAGAAGGUGUGUAUUUACAUCGUAUCGUGAUUUGAAUAGCUAGCACUCCACAUCUGAUUCAAUGGCACGGUAUGUGCAUGCAAAAUAACUUAAUGGAUUGUGCAGUCGUAACUGGCACAAAAUGGAUUUCGAAAAUGACCGAGGCGCUCAGAAACCUCUAGGGCAAGCAGCUACUGGAGUCACCUGGUGUUAUCAAUUUUAGACAGAGAUGUAUGAUGACUUAUUUUUAUGACUGCUCUAUGUUUACCGAAUAAAGGGAAAAUAGAUUUAGAAAGCAUAUUUCUAGGAAGCAAAUGAUUUUAGCUAUAAACACAAAAAAAAUGUACCUUUGGAAACAAAAAUAAAACAGAUCCUUAACUGUUAAUUAAAAUAAUCUACUAGAGAACGCAGUCAAUCAGCAUUAACUAAAUAUAAGGUUACCAUAACUUCAAUAACGAUUUAGACGCCAGGUCUUUCACACGACCAUAUUAGACAAAAUGAUGAGCAUAUGGGUACGACUAUUCGUAAUUAGGUAAUUUUUAAUAGGUGACAAUAUAAUAUAAUGCAUGCCAGCAAAGAAUCGUUGGCAAUAAAGGUAGUAUAACGUAAUGUUGCGCGAAAACGAUGCUGUUCAAAACUAGCAUUUGGAAAAUACAUAUAUCAAAGAAAUGUAAUCUAUAUAUACAGUGGCAGGUGGAAACGUGUAGGUGUCACGUACGUAUUGUUCAUGCAUUGGUAUAUCAUUACUACUAGUACUACAUAGAAUAUAUGACGCUCCAAUGAUGUGUGACAGGUUAGAUUUGCGCGUGCCACAGAAAAAAUAACCUAUGCAAGAAUAACACCUGCAGAACACCUAAACACGUUUGUCACUAACUGUAUAUGUACACAAUCAUACUGAUGCGUGCGUCAAAGCAUAUAUACAGUCUGUAUUUAUCAUGUACAUACUGCCAGUUGUGCCCUACCUGAAGAGUUUGACGUAUUUUUCCCUUUUUAUACAUUCAGUCCUCAUGCGCCUUAUAUAUUAUCAAUUUUACGUAAAGUUGUACUUCUACACUAGAUAUAUUUACAGUAUGAAACACAGUGGUGCAAAUAUUACAAAGAAUAAAAAUGCGAUUUUGAAGACAAAUUUCAAAACUUAGUGAUGUUAUUACUGCAGAGACGGCACAACAAAAUACGCAUCUGUAGACACAUACCAUUAAAAGAUCGUAAUUAGUUGUAUGUAAAACAAAGACGCCAAAACGGUGAUUCAUAUUAUCGGUGGACCGAGCUGAACAAGUUAUCUCAGUAAAUCAUUAUUAUGUCAUCAGUCAUUAUGAAGAUACAGGGUAUUUUUGCAUUGCUGCAUUUUGAAUUGCUGUUCAGAAUAGCAAUGCUGUCGACCAAUCUUAUGUUAUGCUGCUAGUAACAUAGGUUAUAAGACAUGUUUCAAUUAUUUUCGAAAAGAUACCCGUUUAUAGCGCGCCAAAGUGAAAUAUUAAUGAAAUUAAUAAUGAUUAAAAUAGUAUAAAUAGAGUUUCCUUCUAGAGGUGCCCUUCUUUUAUAAGUUCAGAAAUUUUCCACUAAUUUCUAUAAUAGUUCGAUAUAUUAUUAUUGAUAUAGUCGAUAUAAGUUGUUCAUGCACUUAUAUAGAUCAAUAUUACCUUAUUGUGGAGUAACAAAAGGUUAAAGUUUGCGUCCGUUCUUCAUCCGCUGACCUGUGUGGCCCUCCAAUAUUUCUGACAGCAGAAUUUCUGUUUGAAAACGCGCCAUCUAGGCCCAGCGUGAAAUGUCAACAUCUGAACAUAGGUCCGGGACAAAGUUCGAACUUCUGCGCUCACAAGGCCCUGUCAGUUCGAAAUUAUGCCUAGUCAUUUUCAUGGGCACGGCUUUUGUUCAACACGUUCGAAUCGCUGUGGUGGAUAAUUCUGCAGUUCCUUGACCUCCUAUAGAUUCGCGCAUUGUACCAAAAACAAUAAGUAUUCCAUUUGAUGACCGUUAAUGUUCGCAUUGCAGUUGGGUACAGUUCGCCUAAACCUGUUCUGCUGCAAAGCCGUGUGGGUUUAAGUUCACUUACGGAGUCAGUCGGCUACUGACGAACUCAGGACAUCACAUCUGUUCUCCGACGAAACUAGUGUUCAGUCACCUAAUUUUACCAACUGUGUAU